AUGCCAGACAAAUUAGUCAGCUCAAACUCGGUGGAGUGGGGAGAUUCAAAGGUCAGAAACCAGGCAACCAGGUUCCUGGCCACCGGAGACUCACACCGCACAGUAGCUUACAGCUACCGUGUGGGCGUGAGCACUGUGCACAGGAUCGUGAUCCAGGUCACCAGGGUUAUUUGGGAUGCCUUGGUUGGCGAGUUCAUGCCAGUGCCGACCACAGAUGACUCGAGGAGCAUCCAUCACCCGUGGGCCUUCCCUAACUGUCUUGGGGCCAUCGAUGGUAAACAUGUAGUGAUCAGGGCACCCGACAACUCUGGGUCCCUGUUCUUUAACUAUAAAGAGACCUACUCCAUCGUGCUCCUGGCGGUUGUGGAUGCGGAGUACUGCUUCCCAGUGGUGGAUGUGGGCAACUACGGGAGGACCAGCGAUGGUGGUGUCCUGGCCAACUCCGCUUUCAGCUGGGCGCUGCGGGAUGGGACCCUUGGCCUGCCACAGGAUGCUCUGCUGCCGGGAGCUGAGCGUUUGGGACCGCAGCCGUACGUGUUCGUGGCAAAUGAGGCUUUCCCGCUGCGUUGUGACAACAUGCGUCCUUUCCCUGGCACCCAGCUUCAUGGCAGCCGCAGGACUUUCAAUAUCAGGCUCUCACAUGCAAGGCUGAUUGUUGAGAAUACCUUUGGUAUUCUCUCAUCCCAGUGGCGUAUGUACAGAGGAGUCUUUGGGAUCAGCCCCGCAAAUGUGGAUGCCUGUGUGAAAGCUGCCUGCAUCCUCCAUAACUUCCUGAGGAAGACCACCAAAAGGACCUGGAGAACACCGAGGCCACCUGCUGGACAACCAGGACCACCACCUGCAGACAGAGAAGCUGCUGGCCUGCAGCCAGUCCCCCGAAUGGGCAGCAACAACUCAACUUGGGAGGCGCUCCGUGUCAGAGAGGCAUACCUUUCCUAUUUUUCCAAUGAGAGAAGUGUUGCCUGGCAACCUCUGUGA